CUGGCCCCCGACACUGCCCUCACUGCCUUCCAGCCUUUCUUCCUCAGCCUCACCCUGCCCUACUCCGUCAUCCGUGGUGAGGUGUUCAUCCUCCGGGCCACCGUCUUCAACUACCUCUCCAAGUGCAUCAUGGUGAAAGUGACUCUGCCGGAAUCUGACCAGUUUAGCGCCAAGACCUGUGAUGGCUGCCAGUACCAGGUGUGUCUGUGUGCCGACGAGAGCAGAACAUUCCGUUGGAUCAUCACCCCCACUGCCCUCGGGGAGGUGAGUGUGAAGGUGAGUGCAGAGGCUUUGAAGACAGAGGAUCUUUGUGGCAAUGAGGUUGCCACGCUGCCUGAGAAGGGCCGCAUUGACACGGUGAUCCGACCCCUGUUGGUGGAGGCCGAGGGAACCCAGCAGACAUUGAGCCACAACGCUCUGCUCUGCCCUGCAGAGGGUCCAGUAGAGAGGGACAUCUCUCUGAAGCUGCCAGAAGUGUUUGUGGAAGGAUCACCCAAGGCCUCCAUCUCUGUCCUAGGUGACCUGAUGGGUCGAGCCAUGAAGAACCUGGACAGUCUUCUGGCCAUGCCCUAUGGAUGUGGCGAGCAGAACAUGGUUCUGUUUGCACCAAACAUCUACAUCCUGACGUACCUGCAGAGCACCAGGCAACUGACCCCUGAGGUCCAAGACAAGGCCACACACUUCCUGGAGAGUGGCUACCAAAGGGAGCUCAACUAUAAGCAUGAUGAUGGCUCAUAUAGCGCUUUCGGCAAGAGUGAUGAGUCUGGCAACACCUGGCUGACAUCCUUUGUGAUGAAGUCUUUCGGAGGAGCACGGCCCUUCAUCUUUGUUGACCCCGCCCACAUCGCCAAGGCAAAGUCCUGGUUGGCUGGUCUUCAGCAGCCUGAUGGCUGCAUUGCUUCUGUGGGGAAACUCUUCCACAAUGGCAUGAAGGGAGGUGUGAGUGAUAACGUGUCCCUGACUGCCUACAUCACUGCUGCUCUGCUGGAGCUGGGACUCAACACCACUGACCCCAUGGUGGACCGGUGUCUGGCCUGCCUAAAGACGGCAGUGGCUGCCCCACUGGAGAACCUGUACACCACAGCCCUGCUCUCCUACACCUUCUCACUGGCCGGGGACCAGGACACGCGCAGCAAACUCAUCACACACCUGCACAUGAAGGCCAAAACCACAGACGGCACUCGCCACUGGGAGAGAGCUGAGGCUUCUGGGAAGGGCCUGGACUCCAUUGAGGUGGAGAUGACAUCAUACGUGCUGCUGGCGCUGCUCUCGGGACCGGCCAUGGAGGGCUUCGGCCUGGACUACUCAUCCAGCAUCGUCCGGUGGUUGGCCCAGCAACAGAACCCUUAUGGAGGGUUCUCUUCCACACAGGAUACAGUUGUGGCGCUACAGGCCCUGGCCAGGUACGGUGCUGCCACCUACAGUCCAGAGGGAGCCAGUACAGUGGUGGUGACCUCAACUGGGGGCUCGAGGCAAGAGUUCAAGGUGGACCAGCACAACCGCCUGCUGUACCAGGAGUCUCCACUAGGGGAGGUGCCCGGGGACUACAAGAUCAGGGCUGAAGGGAAGAGCUGUGUCUUCCUCCAGAUGGCUCUGCGUUACAACAUCCCUCCUCCUCCGGACUUCUCAGCCUUCAACGUGACGACUGAGGUGUUUGGGUUGUGCAACAUCACCAAACCCUCUCUCAUUGUGACUGUGAAUGUCAGGUACAACGGUCGCCGGAAGGAGACCAACAUGGUCAUUAUCAAUGUCAAGCUUCUCUCUGGCUUCAUCCUAGACAAGAGCUCCCUCAGACCUCUGCAAAAGUCCAGCACAGUGAAGCGUGUCGAUGAGGAGGACGGACAUGUUAUCAUCUACGUCGACGGGCUCAAGCAGCAGGAAACCCAGUCUUACAUCCUGGUCAUCCAGGAGGACCUUCCAGUUAGGAACCUCAAACCUGCUGUGGUCAAGGUCUACGACUACUACCAGACAAGCGAUGUGGCGGUUAGCGACUACAGCUCUCCGUGCGCUGAGGGUGAUGACAUCAAUGAGCUGUAGAAUACCUGGAGAAUAUUAUUCUUUCUGAAUGGAGCAGAGAUCAACCAUUUGCUUCCUUCGUAGAAUCAUUGAUUUGUGCCAAGCCCUACAUGUAUGUGAUUUUUUAAUUAUGCUUUUGCGUAGUUACUGAAAACACCCCAACAAAUGGUGGAACUGCUAAGGCCUGCUGUAAACGUGUCAUUGAAUUGGCUAAAGAGUUUUUAGUUUUUAACUGUAGCAACAAUUUUACCUUGUUUUUAGAUUUGAUUUAGUGUUUGUUUGUUUUUACCAGUAAUGAACCCAUCCACCUAAUCAGAACAAUGUUCAUUUCACAGUUCAUAGUCGAUUUACACCAAUACCAUGUCAGUGUUGCUGAAUCCCCCCUGGGGCCAACUAUCGACAUUGUACUGGGAAUACAUGCUUUAUUACUGUGUUGAAGCAAGACAAGGAAACACAUCGGUUCUGCAACAUCCGUUUACUAGAUCGUACAAAUUCCAUACGUUGAAGUACCUUAUUAAACAGAGGAUACCAAUACUGUCAACAUAACCUGGUGGCAGGCUGACAGGAGCCAGUCAGAUGUUAUAUACUCAGUGUGAUAAUCUACUGACUAUGUGUGUGUGUGUUUGUAUUCUUCUCUGAGUGUGUGUUCAGCUGAAUGAACAAACACAGUGCAUUGAUACAACACUUUAUCCACUGAUAUGUACUGUGACCAUUAAAGUUCUUCAAUGACAGUCAAUGAUGAAAAAACUAAAUUUUCAUACAGGCAUUCAUCUAUACAGUAUAAAAGUCAGUUUAUUUUCUAACAAGGAUAAUAUCAAUUAUCAUUAACAGUGAUCUGAUUCCUCCUGACAAUUGUAGAACAGUUUGGAUGAGCCCAGAAGGGGCAAGGGGGAGAAAAGGCAGGAAGGAGAAUAUAUAUUAAGGUCUUUUAUCACUUUUCUUUCUAGACUGACAUAUGCUAUCUCAGGCAUCAUUUAAAAGAUAAAUACAUAAAGAACACAGAAGAUCCCUACCUCAGGGUCAUGAUGUGGACCCCUGCAUGCAGUCUCAUGAUCAGAGUCACUGUAGUCGUCCACCAAAAAAUAAAACACACCGAACGCACAUACGCCUCUUAAAAAAUAAAA